UCAUGCACUCACUCGCCUGCCGGACUGCGUUCAUAACGGAGCGGAAUGGCGCUCCCUUCCUACUGACUUCUUUUGAAAGAGAAGAUGCGCAGAGCGAAAGGCGGCUGCUGAUGCGACCACCAGCUCGCCUCCUCUUUGUCUCUCUUCAACAUCCGCAUCGAGGAGCACCUUUGGCCGUCGGAGGAGGAAGAAGAAGAAGAAGAAGGAGGAGGAAGGGAGGCAGCGAGAGGGGGCUAACCGAGGAUGGAGUUCAAGCAUCUGGUGGAGGCGGCCGAGAAGUGGUGCUCGGGGAACCCGUUCGAUCUCAUCUUUGCCGAGGAGGACGACGAGAGGCGCCUGGACUUCUACGCGGAGCCCGGCGUCUCCUUCUACGUGCUGUGCCCCGGCGGAACCGACACUUUCCACGUGUGGAGUGAGAGCGAGGACUGCCUACCAUUUUUACAGCUGGCUCAGGAUUACAUCUCGUCCUGCGGCAAGAAGACUCUGCUGGAGGUGCUGCAGAAGGUCUUCACGUCCUUCAGGCCUCUGCUGGGGCUGCCUGACAUAGAAGACGAGACGUUUGAGCACUACCACGCCGACGUGGAGGGCGAGCCGGGGCCCGACCACCAGCAGAUGGGGGUCAGCCAGCAGUGACAAGGAGAGAGGAAGGCGGCCGGGGGAUCCUGAGGGCCUCACUACUGAGCACAUGCACGGGGCCAACUUCCUAAAAAAAAAAAAAGAUUGCGCCAUCAUGUUGUUGAAUGUUGCUUUGCUUUCUAAAGGCAUGCACUUGGUUGCGCCUGGUUGAACCCCGAGCGUCCCCUGCACGCAAACACAGCAGGGCUACGUGACCUACGCCAACGCAAACCUAUCCAAUCAUUCACCGUUUUCGGUUAACCUUCCACAGCACGGCAGCGCUUGAGGCACUGCUUCGGCUUCCCGCGAGGCGCAUUGUGACCGUUAGCCCACUUUCUACAAAAGAGGCGCGGAAAUCUUUCCAUUUGCCGUCCUCAGUCAACCUCGAGUGUUUUGACUGUGUUUCCAAAAAGCAUAUCAUUGUCGCCAGGGGCACGGAGAAUUACUCGUUACAUCAUCGUACGGUGAUUGACCCUUUUUUCUUUUUUGCUAUCUUGUGACUGUCACAACAAAAGGCCGUGCUGCAGUCGACGCUCUUCCUGGUUCCUGUGUCACAUGACACCUUCGUUUAUCUCUUAACUGUGGUCUUCCUAGUUGUUGCCUUGCCUCCCCCAGCACAAGCUGUUCACAUAUAUCUUUAAAUUUAGCGUACUUUAACCAAACGCUGUACACGGGUAGUCCAGUAUGUACAUUUUUUGCUCCUAGAAAAGGGCGGAGUCCAGUAAGCACAGGUACACGAGUAUACGGUGUACAUCGAGGCACAGAAAUGGACUCCGGUUGGAUGGCCCAAAUUUUCUGAUGGUGUAAAUCUGAUUUCGGUUGCUAUUUGCCGCUUGGAGCCACCCCGCCACUGCCUUCACCACACAGAUGGUUUAUUUUUAGCCUGCGUUAGUGUCAUCCUACGCUUCUUCUUCAUGCGAUGUAUCUUAAUUGCGUUUGUCCCCUGAGACGUGCGUGCCUGUUUGCAAUUGUUCCAAUAAAGUGUGUGAACCUAA